AGUUUGUUAUUCUCCCUCACUGCAGAGAGAGAGACGGACUGAAAAACAGACGAUCACAUUCACCUUCAGACCAAACUAACAACUUCCUCUGAGUUCAGCUACAGGAGAGAAAAGUGGAAACUACAACCCUGCUGCUUCAACCUGCGGACCCUCCCCCCCCUGAAGCUUCACUCAGAGACAACAUGGCGUCCAGGUUAGAGCAAGAUCUCUGCUGUCCGGUCUGUAAGGAAGUCUUUAGAGAUCCUGUUGUUCUGUCCUGUAGCCACAGCUUCUGUAAAGCCUGUCUGCAGACCUGGUGGAGAGAGAGACCAUCACGAGAGUGUCCAGUCUGUAAGACAGAAUCUUCAAGAAGAAAACCUCCCUGUAACCUGGUGUUGAAGAACACGUGUGAGACCUUCUUACUGGAGAGAGAUCAGGGAUCUCCUGAGGCUCUCUGCAGUCUGCACUCUAAGAACCUCAGACUCUUCUGUCUGGACCAUCAGCAGCCAGUGUGUCUCGUCUGCAGAGAUUCAAAAACACACACCAAUCACAGAAUCAGACCCAUCGAUGAAGCUGCUCAGGGUCUCAGAGAGGAGCUCCAGAAAGCUCUGCAGCCCUUUCAGGAGAAACUGAAGCUCUUUGAAAAAGUGAAAGUGAAGUUUGAUCAAACAGCAGGACACAUGAAGGUCCAGGCUCAACACACAGAGACGCAGAUUAAGAAGCAGUUUAAGAAGCUUCACCAGUUUCUAGAAGAGGAAGAGGAGGCCAGGAUGGCUGCACUGAGGGAGGAAGAGGAGCAGAAGAGGAUGACGAUGGAGGAGAAGAUGGAGGCUGUGAGCAGAGAGAUAGCAGCUCUUUCACACACAGUCAGAGACACAGAGGAGGAGCUGAGAGCUGAAGACGUCUCCUUCCUGCACAACUACAAGGCUGCAGUGGAGAGGCUGCAGCGCCCCCUGCUGGAGGAUCCACAGCUGCCCUCAGGAGCUCUGAUAGACCAGGCCAAACACCUGGGCAACCUCAGCUUCAACAUCUGGAGCAAGAUGAAGGACAUGGUGUCAUAUUAUCCUCUCAUCCUGGACCCAAACACUGCUCAUCCAGAACUCAUCCUGUCUGAAGAUCUGACCAGUGUGAGAGCAGGAAGGAGACAGGAACUUCCUGAUAAUCCAGAGAGGUUUGAUAAAUACGGCUUUGUCCUGGGCUCUGAAGGCUUUAACUCAGGGACUCACAGCUGGGAUGUCCAGGUUACAGACGGUACACUCUGGUUUCUGGGUGUGUUAGCAGAGUCUGUCCAGAGGAAGGGAAGCAUGAAGUCUGGAUCAUGGAUGAUAGGUUUCUAUAAAGGUAAAUACUCAGCACGGUCACCAUCAGCUCCAUCCACUCCUCUCAGCCUGAAGAAGGAGCUCCAGAGGGUCAGAGUGGAUCUGGACUGGAACAGAGGAGAGCUGUCGUUCUCUGAUCCUGACACUAACACACACAUACACACCUUCACACACACUUUCACUGAGAGGGUGUUUCCAUUCAUUCUCACUGUGGAGGAAGUGAAGAUAUUACCGCUGAAGGUGUGUGUGACAGUGGAUCAGAGCAGGUAGAGAUGAACAGGAUCAUUCACUGACCUCUGCAGCACCUCCUGUCCGCCUGCUCAUUCCACACACACACACACACACACACACACACACACACACACACACACACACACACACACACACACACACACACACACACACACACACACACACACACACAGAUGAUUAUCCGGUCAGAUGAACAGAUAGACAGUUUGUCAGGCAGAUUGAUCAGUCACUUAUAAGUCAUUUAAACACUUAAUGAGUUAAUCAGUACAACAUGACUGACACACGGUGCCACUCGCACUCUGAGUGUGUGCGUGUGUGUGUGUGUGUGUGUGUGUGUGUGUGUAUUGUUUUCUCUGCCUGUUUAUAGCCUGAGGGAAGAUAAUGUGUCUGUUUGUAGGUAUCUUGAAUUCUAUUAAAACCAGCAGACUUAUAUUUUUCGUUCUCAUUUAUGACUGUUUACCUCAAAAAUAUCCUCCAAUGGUUGUGGUGAUGGAAAAGUUGACAAAAAAACUAUUUUAUUGAAUGUGUUAUACCCUUAUGACCCUGACAACACAUUUCCACCAAUUUAUUGCAAUUGUGCAUGUCCCUGAUUGGCCAUUAGGUCCAUUCAAUCAAAGAAAAUAGUAAAUUAUGUGCCAUUUUUACCUUUUAAAAUACCAAUUGUAACACCAUUCAUUGCCUGAAGCCCAUCGGUCCCUAUGUAUUAAUGAUUAAUACUCAAAAGCAACAACAAAACACACAUUAAGGAUUCAUUUAUUCCCCUUUAACCUCUCAACUAUACCCUUAAAACACAGCCCUUAAAACACAGCCCUCACAUCCAGCGUUUACUCAAUGCUGCACACUUUAAGUUGUUGUAAUGCACCGAGGCCUACUGUAACAUUCAGGGACUUAUGAAACAAAAGGUUCGGCCCCUGAAUGGCCCAGUGUCAAGGAUUACUUCUCAGACAAAUUCUCCAGCAACAAAGCCUCCAUUGUGCCCCGUCCGGACCCUCGAAUUAGCAGCAGGGGCGACUGCACGCUCAACUGCACUCUCUGAAGAUUUACCCCAAAUGCUGCCCUUUUUAAAUGUCCACAAGAAUAAAAUGAGAAAGAUUAAAUAUAUAUAAACAUGGAUCUAAAAAAUGAAUCCAAUUGAUAUCUCUCUAGGGGGUCUAAAUAGAUUAAAAUAGAUGGAAAUUAAAGUGUGCAUAAUCUAUUUAACACUGGGUUUAAUCUAAAACAUGGAUUAUGUGACAUCUGUCAAAAAAAGGGGCAAUUGUGUCACUCUUUUUUAGCUUGUGAAAUGCAUUUUUUAACGCCCUUGUUUGAUUGUUAGAACCAAGUUAUUUUUAUUUCCUUUUUUACUUUGAAGGGGUUUUUGACUUUCUCUAAUGGCCUUCACUUUAAACCCAGGGGACUCAGUUUAAUCUGCCUCUGUUAAAGAAGGAAAUAUGGAAUGCAGAGGAGGACUUCCGGAUGUGACUUUCAAAAUAAAAUCCCUUUUGACAAACAGUGCCCAGAAGUCUCAAAUGGACUGCAACUCAAUGGGAAUGUGAUAUCCUAUUG